AUGGGGAUCACGGAUAAACUUUUUCAAGCUUUGCAAAACCAAUCGCAAGACAUUUUAAAUGCUACACAUUUAGUUUCAUCCACUAAAAAACUUAUUCAACAAUUUAGAGAUGAGAAAUGGGAUGACUUACUAGCUACUGUGAUAUCAUUUUGUAAGGAACAUGGUUUAGAUGUCCCUGAUAUGAAUGCUCGUUAUGUUGCAAGAUUUGGUCAAUCUUGUCAUCAACAAGAGGACUCUAGAAAUGAGCAUUAUUAUAAAGUAGAUAUUUUUAAUACAGGAAUAGAUUCUCAAGUACAGGAACUAAAUCAUUGGUUUAGUGAGCAACUUACGCUUAGCUCAACUCUAGACCCUCGAGAGGCAUUUGAAUCUUUUCGAGUCAAUGAUAUUUGUUCAUUGGUAGAUAAUUUUUAUCCAAUAGACUUCACAGAUGAUGAAAAGAAUGAUUUGAAAAAGGAACUUGAUCUUUAUAAGUAUGAUGUAGUUUAG